CCGCGUCACAAGUUUUGCGCGCCGCAUGACAGACGCACUGCCCAGUCGCGGACCACCGUGCGCGGACACGCAAACAUUGAACACGACAGAGCCACUGCAUUCCCUUGCCUUCCGAAUACAACGCACGAGACGGACCUGAUAGACACUCUCGGGGACGCAAAAAGCGAACGUACGCACCUCGGCGCGGCGGUAAUAAUAGUCGGAACGCAGCAGCAGGACGCGUGCGAGGCACAAUGGCGCCGGCCAAGAGGAGCGUAAAAUCGGAUGCCGCAGUGGCGGCCAAGGCGCACGAGGCGCUCGACAAGGUGGCGGAUGCGCAGGCCAUUGUGCCCGCGCCGCGACGGCAGCAGCAGCAAGGCAAGCUUCCCGUGCUCGUGCAGUUCCCCAUCGCGGCAGCUCUGAGCUUCGCGCUCGCGAGCCUGGGCUACAGCAUCGUCGGAGAGGUGAGCAAGGGAGAGCUUGUCUCCGUGUUCCGCGCGCAGGACACGUGGGGCCACCUGGCCAUCUUGGCCGGAUGGAGGAUCACCGAGCUGGCGGUCGCGUGGUUCGGCAACAUGGACAGCCUGGACGUGGCCAUGAUGGACCUCCUGUCCCAUGCGCCAUCGCUCUACCUGCUCGCGACCUUCUACUCGCUUAGCCCCCGAACAGCUGCGUCGGCGCUCGUCGUGGACGUUGUGUCGGCGGCCGUGCCCUUUGCGCUUAUGCGUCCUCUCUCCGAGAUCCAUCGACCCUCAGCCAAGAGCGGCAACCGCGAGCUCAUCGACUUGCCCAUGCUGCUAUAUACAGCGGCUCUAUCCACGGGCAUCUAUACCGUGGUUCUCGCCCUGUCGCUCCGGCUCGUGCUGCCGCGCAUUCUAGUCGUGUACUUUUCCGGCCUGCCCAGCGUGGAGCCGGCGUACUCAGCGACGUACGGCGCCGUACUUCCCGUGACGGGCGUGUUGGGGGCGGCGGCGAGCCUCUUCAUUUUCGCGCCGUUUGCCACGACGGGCAAGUCCAAAGAGGACGACAAGCUGGGCAAGUUCGACCCCGUGGAGGCGACGCUCGGGGAGACAGUGCGGUGGAACCUCUGGGGCUACACGGCCAAGACCAAGGUGGUGAUCCGGCGGACGGCGGCAGCGGCGUUUGUGACGGGGGUCAACACGUACCUGGCAUGCACCAUGACCAUUUCCGGGGUCGACUCGACGGGCGCGACGGCGUAUGCGGCCGUUUGGGUCGUUGCCGCGUUGAGCACGGGGCUGGGCCUCGGAUUGGUCGGCAGCGGCGACUGAAGCGGCUGUUGGGGCCAGUCGGGACGAGGCGAGGCGCUCGCAUGCGCUGAUGACACUGUAUCAUCAGCCUUACGCGUAGUAUGGCGAGCGGCAACGCCGAUAUGCAAGGUACGCGAUGGGCUCGUCGGCAGGGGCGAGCCGCACAACUUUAGGGCUGAAGACGGGGAGGGGGGGAAGGUGCGUAAUACGGGAGAAGGGGAAGGGAGGGUGGUGUGUUUGGGGUUGGGGGCCGCCGAAGUAGGGCUGGUGGGCGUUUUCCAGGACGAGGAUCCUAUGCGCGGAGGAUAGAUACGCUUGAGUUUUUUGGCAAUUGGGUUGUAUUGGCAAUGGGUGAGGGAAGGGGAUGAGGAGCGGACGGACUUGCAGUCGAUAUACCACAUCUUACUAUUUUCCUCCUUGGGUCUUACACACC